CUAAGCUCUACAUUGCCUGACAGCUAUGCUUGCUGCAGACCGACGACAUCCCGACCCGCGGCAGACGCAGGCACCAGACGGCUCAGACUGCCCUGCACGGCGCAGCGAGAGGGCCAGAAGACAAAGGAAGGCCGCACCUCGGCUGCGCCGCCCGGGUCCCUACGCAUCACUGCAGCGGCAGCCAAGAGAGAAGGACCAAGGCCAGCAUGAGAGCAUGCACAGCGGAGUCGUCGUCUAGCUGCCCUCAUGCGCUCGCAUGCCAGCUGCUGCUCUUGCCACGGACGGCAGCGCUGUGCCCAGGUGCAUGCUCAGGUGCAGGGCCACAUGCGCAGAGCGCUGCUCCACAUGCAGCGGCCCAUGCGGCGCGGCCAAGCCCAACGACCUGCCGCUGCGCCGUCGUGCGUCCUCAUCGGGCGCCGGCGCAGCUUUACGAACUCCUUCCGAGCCCGUCUUGGGCUGGCGGCUCCGGAGCGUCUUGCUCUGCAGCUGCACGGACCACGCCCCAAACGCGGCGGCAACCUUCCCGACGCGCUCGCUGCGCCGCGGCACAAGUCCGCGCACCCGAUUCGCGCGCUUCCCGUUCCCAGCACGGCAGCAGCGAGCGGCGUACUGCGUCGUCGGCGUCGAGCGGCUGGUCUUUGCGGCCAACCUGCGAACCUGCAGCUGGGCAACGGGUGCGUCCGCCCGGGCACGGCGCAGCUGUCGAAAGGGCGGUGACGCACGAGCUCUCGCGAGGCGGAUGGCAUGCCGGCUUGCGGCAGCACAACACUGCACCCGAGCCGAACGUGCACCUGUGCUGGCUACUCCGCCGCUGCGCAUCCGCCUCAUCGAGCGCUCUGCGCUGCUUCGCUUGCGCUCGCAUCCCGGCGGCGCAGCACCCGUCUUGCCUCGGCGACGUCGCUCUCUGCUCGGCAGGACGAGCAGCCGGCAUGGGAGCCCUUGAGGCUCGGCGAGAGGCACGCGACGCGUCAUGCAGCAAGCGCAAGCGCGUAAAGAGCGACCCGAGCCGGCCGCAGCGCAGCGUCAGGCGCCCCAUCGGUAUCGGCGCCAUCGGCCUCUCGGCCGCAGCGGCGCAACGCCGAAGCAAGAGCAGCAGCAGGCAGCAUCCAGCGGCCAAAUCGACGCAGCCACCCGGCGGAUCCGGGUGCUGAGCGUGGGAAGAAUGCUCGUCCUCGCUUGGCCGGCCCGUCAAGCAUCCCAUGCCGGCUUGGCAGCCCAAGUGCGCAUCCACGGCUUGCGA